AUGACUUUCAUCAAACAAUCUUACAACGAUAGCCAUAGCCGAAAGGAUUCCCUACUAUCCCUCCUCCAAUGCCCCCUUCUAUCCGACGAGGUCACUGCAUACUCAAUUCCUAUCACCGCUGCUCUUCCUCUAUCAUUCGAGAAUCCAUUCAACGAUCCCAGACUCGAGCCUCUACCCUUGAGAGCGGAGAACUCAGAUGCUCUAAAUAUCAGCCAAAUUGCCUCAGUUGCGGAUGAUUGCAUCUCAUCACUCAUCCAGCCAUCAAAGAGAAAUCUUGGUCAAGACUUCAACUUCGAUGGCUUCUUGUCGCAUCAGGAUACUGCUUCUUUCCCCUCCACAAGACAGCAAGAAGGAGGUUUGAGUCGAACUGACGACGUUGCUGAGAACAUUGCUCGAUUUCGGCCGUAUCAAGACAAGAAGUGGAAAGGCACUUUCCAAAGGCUCAUCAAGUUCAAGAACGAGUUUGGGCAUUGCUGUGUUCCACACUCCUAUGCAGAGAAUCCUGCCCUUGCUCGAUGGGUGAAGAGACAGCGUCACCAAUACAAGAAAUUCAUGGAAAACGACCCAACUUCUACUCUGACCACCAGUCGUCUUGAGAAGCUCGAGUCGGUUGGGUUUGUAUGGCACUCACAUGCUGCUGCUUGGCUUGAAAAGCUGGACGAGCUCAAGAACUUCAAGCAAGCACGAGGUCAUUGCAACGUCCCAUCGAGUUAUCCCGAGAACCCUGCCUUAUCAACAUGGGUGAAGUGUCAGCGACGCCAAUACAAGCUGCGAGUAUCCGGGUUGCAAUCGACCAUGACAAUGGAUCGAUUUGGAGUACUGAAAUCGAUGGGCUUCGUUUUUGAGCCACGACUUGCAGCGGCAAGGAGUGCACAGCUUGAACUAGAAGCAUGA